UGGCGCGCUUUUUUCAUGCUCCAGCUUGCCCUGCGUUGUUGCAUUUUCCUGAGAAGAAGUGACCGAUUUUUCGGCGUAUCCACCACAAGGAUGGGAAUACAAGGGCUAGCAAAGCUGAUAGGCGACCAUGCACCAGGUGCUAUGAAAGAAAAUGAGAUCAAGAACUACUUUGGAAGAAAGGUUGCCAUCGAUGCCUCCAUGAGUAUCUACCAGUUUCUCAUCGCUGUACGGCAGGACGGGAACAUGCUGACCAACGAUGCUGGCGAGGCCACCAGCCACUUAAUGGGCAUGUUCUACCGGACCAUCCGUAUGGUGGACAACGGGAUCAAACCUGUCUAUGUGUUCGAUGGCAAGCCACCAAACAUGAAGUCUGGAGAGCUGGCGAAGCGUGCCGAGCGCCGUGAGGAGGCCCAGAAGGCUCUGGAGAAGGCAGAGGAAGCCGGGGAGGCCGAGGACGUCAACAAGUUCCAGAAACGCUUGGUGAAAGUGACCAGGGAGCACAACGAGGAGUGUAAAAAGCUGCUGACUCUCAUGGGUAUCCCUUAUGUUGAUGCACCGUGUGAAGCUGAAGCUCAGUGUGCAGAACUGGCGAAGAAGGGGAAGGUGUACGCCGCCGGGACAGAGGACAUGGACGUGCUGACCUUCGGCACAAACAUCAUGCUCAGACAUCUCACCUUCUCAGAGGCCAGAAAGAUGCCCAUCAAGGAGUACUACUAUGACAGGCUGCUGGCUGAGUUAGACCUCACUCAGGACCAGUUCAUUGACCUGUGUAUCCUGCUGGGUUGUGACUACUGUGACUCCAUCCGUGGGAUCGGCCCCAAACGAGCCAUCGAACUCAUCCGGCAGCACAAGUCCAUCGAGGAGAUCCUCAAGCACAUCGACACUAAGAAGUUCCCAGUUCCUGAAGACUGGCCUUACGACCAGGCCAGGAGACUCUUCAAGGAGCCUGAAGUUACUCCAGCAGACCAGGUGGAGUUGAAGUGGACUGACCCAGAUGAGGAGGGACUGGUGCAGUUUAUGAGCAAUGAGAAGGGAUUCAGUGAGGAUAGGAUAAAGAAUGGUGCAAAGAAGCUGAGGACUGCCCGCCACACCUCGACACAAGGUCGUCUCGACAGCUUUUUCAAGGUCAUGUCUUCACCAUCGGUCAAAAGGAAGGAGCCUCCAAAAGGUGCAAAAGGCUCUGCAUCCAAGAAAGCCAAGAUGAGUGGUGGGAAAUUCAAGAAACCCAAGUAGAAAUACUGGAGCUCCUGAUCUUACAGAUGAAGAACAACAAUAUUACAACAUUCCUUGUGAAGAUUUCAGUCCUGUCUGUCUGUCUAUCCUUAUUAUACUUUCUAGACUUCAGUCAAGAUCAGAACAGACAUACACAUGUAAACAGCCAAUUAUGAAUUGACUCUUCUUUUAUCAAAACACAACCUUAGAAAUACAUACAUUGUACUUAAAAACUGUUGAUGUCAUCCCUGUAUAGAUAGAACUCAUCAUGACACAAAUCUGUAACAAGCAUCAAACUGUGAAAUUUAAAAGGCUAAUACUAGUAACAUGAAUGUAUAAGCAGCCCCUUAUACUGGUGUAUUUCAUGUUGUACUGGAAAAUUGUCAUCAGAGAGCUAUGAACAUUUUAAUAAAGUUUUCCCAGUUGUCAACAUGAACUAAGGAUGUUUGACACUGUGUAUA